GAGUCGAAAUUUACUAACAAAACUUGACAAUUAGGUGCGGGAAGCGCAUGGCGGAAAACAUGCAACGUAUUUUGUUACUUCUCAAUGCUUUGAUACUAAAUUAACAUGCACGAAAAACGGUAUAGCUUCGUGCUGUCCUUAUUCUUAUUAAUUGAUUGCGGCAUGACAGAAGAAUCAUCAAAAUCGAUAAUAGAAAAUUUUAGGGAGAAAAGACAAGUCAACGGUCUACCACUUGUUUAUCCUUACGGAGGCACUUAUAAGCUGCUAAUCGGCUUCGCGGCUCCGGUACCCAACGACGACCACAUCAAUCUCCUCUUCUCAGCCAACUACCAGUACCAGUACCUUCAGUUUCAAAACAUAUCACAACUCUCCCAGUACUAUUUCAUCAACACAGUCUCGCGGGAGCAGAGAGAUGCCGAUCUCGUAUCUAGAAGAGAUGAGAGGAUUGUCUUUUAUAACUCUGUGGCUGAUUUGCUGGAAAUGAAAGGGAUGAACGGCCAAGACUGUGUGCUCAGAGCUAUUUGCGAAGCAGCUCAAUAUCCGGUCCUCGAGGAAGCGCUAGUUGGGGAGAUCUUACAUGUAUUGUUAACACCAGACUACGGCCAUUCACCCUUCGAAGAGCAGGAUCAAGACUGGCAGGAAGCGAUGUCAAUAUACACGGAUGCGGCGACCGCCGGGCGACAGAUGUUCGACUGUGGCUACAUAUACACCGGCUGUCCACAGGGACAGGGGAUACUGGAUAUUAUCAGCACACUGAGGGAUGAAUAAAGGAAUGUACCUACA